AUUCGGCGCAUGACCAUUACGUCAGGUCCAACUUCUUUCGGAUCCAGGUCUGGUUGCAUGCAACAGUGUCGUGCGGCUUCAAAUUGUUUGUGAUAAUAAUUUAAAAAGCACACUUGACGUUACUCUAAUAAUGGCGGAUUUAUUGGGAGAUUAUCAACCAAACCAGGAGCACGUUUUUAGCGACCUCCAUAACGACGACUUUGAGAAGGUGGAUAAAAUCCCAGAGCAAGACGAGGCGAUAACCACUACGUCGUUUACCGGUGAGGCAGCCGAGGAGGAUCGCUAUGAAUCUGGUACAUCCGAGGCGAAUGCCUCUAAUCCUCUCGUAAACUUUGAUGAUGGUGACCUGACACCUCAAGAUUCCCAAACUAGAGAACCUUUAAUUAAUUUUGGUUCUCAGUCGGGCCCUCCCGAACCAACUGCACCCCCUGCACCAACAACUGAUUUUACAAGUGGGAUGGGGGAAACCAAUCGUGGCUUUGAGUACGAACUAGAAGCAGAUACUUCACCUUUCAUACAACCCGAACCAAAAGUAACAUCAGAACCUGUGUCUGUCUCCAAACCACCGGCAGACACAUGGCUGAAGAAUGUCGACCCAAGAGGACAAGCCAAAUUACCAGAAUCUGAUCGACUAGAGAUGAAGCAGCUGUUGAACCUUGUGUACUGGCGUGAUGUGAAGACGACGGGGGUAGUGUUUGGCUCCAUGAUGUUCAUCCUUCUGUCGCUGUCCUGUUUCUCAGUAUUGAGCGUUCUCGCCUAUCUAUCUCUGGCUGUUAUCACCGUCACGCUCAGCUUCCGUAUCUACAAGAAUGUCCUCCAGGCUGUCCAGAAAUCUGGAGACCCACACCCAUUCAGAGUCUACCUGGACAUGGACAUUGACGUGCCCGAGGAUAAGGCCCAGAUGGCUCUCAAAAACAUCACACGGCACGUGAACAACACUUCUCGGGAGCUGCGCCGUCUCUUCCUUAUUGAGGACUUAGUCGAUUCUCUCAAGUUUGGCCUGUUGCUGUGGGUGCUCACCUACAUCGGAGCCUGGUUCAACGGAAUGACACUGAUCAUCCUUGCUGUUGUGUCUGUGUUUACACUUCCGAAAUUUUAUGAGACUUACAAGGUUCAGAUUGAUAACUACUUCAAUAUGGUCUGCUGUCAAGUGGAUGGAGUCAUGAACAAGUGCAGACUAAAGUACCGUUCUUGAAGAAGAAAGAGAAAGCACAGUAGAAAGUACAGACCAACAGAUGUUUUGGUUCCAUAUAAAAGAUUUCCAUAAAUACAAUAUAUUUCAAGACUGAGAUUGUGUUGCACAAGGUCAAUACAGCAUAUGUUAUCCUGGGACAGAUAUAUGUUACUGCCAUGAGAUAGCCAUGACAUGACACCAGCAGGAAGACGAAGCACAUCUAGUGUGGAACAUACUUAUACUUAACCUUGCUUUUGUUGUAGACUUCAUGUGAAACGUACUUAAUGUAGGUAAAAAAGGUGCAGUAUCUUUCAAUAAUAUCCAUCAUGUUUAAGUGUCUGUAGAACAAUUAAAGAUACUGUCUAAAGAACAAUAAACCAGUGCUAUGGGGUUCACCUGUAGACUAUUCCACAUUAUGUGUGUUUGUUCACUAGAUACUCGUAUGAGAGAACCUGGUGUUGACUACGAGGUACAGGGUUGAUAUUGUGGUCUGCGAACACUUCACAUUUUGUACUUUUGAGUGACGUUUCUAGGCCACCAAGAAAAAAAUAUGAGCCAUGAUGCUUGGUAUGCACAUUUGAAAUGAAAUAAGAUGCUUCCUAGAGAAAUUUAGAACACAAAACACUGUUCUUUAGAAAAAUGAAAAAAAGAAGCAAAACAGUGAGGGAAUUGAACCUUGGAUGUACAAAGUAUUUCGUAAAUAAUUUCCUUACUGGUAAGAGUGAAAGUGUUAAUCAGAAUUGUGGUCUUUCCCCCCAUCUUUUUCCUCUUUAAUUUGCAUUUGAAAAUCAUCCUAAAUGUGAGGAGAUCCAGUAUGUAAAUAUCCCCAUCUCAUCGGCAUCGUUGGGUAACUUCAUUGUCACGAGCUUAUGUGAGUACUUGUUGGAGUUUUGUCUCGCAGCUGUCCAAACACGACAUGCAAGUGUUUUGCGAUGUUUUUGAUCUCUAAUGUACCCAAACUAAACAUCAUUGUGUAAGGGCUGUCUCUAGACGAUGUUGUUUUGGGUAUCUUGUGUGCUGGGCCAAAUUUGUACCAUAUCUAUUUAUUGUAAACAAGAUUUGUAAUUGUCAGCUGUCGAAUCAUUUGAUAAUUUAUAUCCCAGACACUUUUUACAAACAUUUUACAUUAAUUACAAGAAUUUAUUUAGAAACAGAUGAAGAUUUCAGAAUUAAUAUAUUUAUUUCAAAUGCAUAAAAAAAAAGAAUUAUUUAGCCUAGCACUCUGUCACCAAAGGGAGAUAAUCCAGGGUGUCCUUGGUCACAUGUUUUGAGAGAUAAUGUAAUUUCAAUAUAUGAACAGUUGAAAAUGAUUCUCCUGUCAUUUCUAGCACCACCCAACUGAGUUAGUAACAAAUCAGUUUUAUGUUCCAACAUCACAUUAACUGUCCAAACUCGUAUCCAAAGACACCUCAAGUAGUGUCCCAAAGGGACAUAAUCCAGUAUUGUAAAACCUAUGAUUACACAGUACAUUGUUUGGUAUUAUAUCUUGUGUCCCUUAGUGUCGUUUUGUGUACUUGUCUGGCUGGUCAUUACACAAACUUUUAUAUGUAUAUCUAUUAUGAGAAAUUCCAUUGUGUACAAAUUAAGAAUAUUGUGUUCAUAGUGACUAGUAAUUAUUUAACAUCAAUUAUUAUAUGUUAUUAGCUUAGUUAUGAACCUUUUCUUUUGAUAAAAUCAACCAAUUUAUCUAGACCUGUUUGAUGUUGGUACAUUGGGCGAAGGUAGUCGUUAAUGCUAUCUCUCUCGUUUACCAAAAAAAAAAUCAUGUUUUCAUACCCGUCAAUUCACAUGCAUCCUGCAUGACUGAAUCAAACACUGAAAUCAUGUAUCUUAUUCUUAGAUGUGUCCUGACAGGAAAUUUGAAUCUCGCAUAGAUAUUACUCUAACAGCAUGUUUAAUAAAAAAAAAACUUUAAUUUCCAACAACUUUAAGCAUGUAUUGUACACUGGGUCCAGGGUACUUGGGAGCCUUUUGGUUUGAUGUCUUGUCCAUCAACAAGUCUGUUUCCUUCUUCUGCUAUUUCUUGUAUUAAUCCUACUACUGAAAGUCUGAUCAGAUAUCAAUGAGAUUUCAUCUGAAACUUAAGUUUAGCCAAGAUAUUUCGUCUCGUAAUAAGUGAAAGCAGUUUAGUUUUGUUUCAGAUAACAAAAUAAACUGAUGAGCAAUGCAGGCCCUAUUGGCCUUUUGCUGAAUGUCAUUUUUGUCUGAUAGCAAAGAAUUCUUAUAUUAGUUAUGUGAGAUAUGCAGUUUGAUGUGCUCAAAAAGAAAACAUUGUAAUAUUCACGAGGUCUGGAUACUUCUAGAAUUAUUUUUGUAGUUUAAAGUUUCUUACUAGGAGCUGAUUUGAAAUUUUUAAAAAUCAGUCGACUUGAAAAUCUAUUUUGAUUCAACUUGUAUGAUCUUUCAAUACUGGAAUAGAAGCGAUCAGUGGUAAGGCUUUGACCAAUAGCAGUAUUGUUGUUUUCAGAAUGAUCAUCUAUUUAAUAUGUUUUUGCCAUUUAAUAAGGCCAUGAGACUCAUUUGAGUGUGAAGGCCCCUUUGGGCCUCUUGUUUUGUUUGUAUUUAUUUUGUUUGUUUUGAAAUCUGACCAUGAAAACUAAGGAGGAAACUCCAAUAUGUGGUUAAUUGUAUUUUUCUCUUUGUCUACAUAUAAAUGUUUGCUGUAGUGCGUACUGUAGGUAUUUUGUAUGUACAAUUUUAUUGUCAAGAUAUUGCAGUAUUGUAUUAAUAAGUAUACAAACUAUUUAUCACAUAAUAUAUUUGAAUAUCUCUUAUUUGAAUUUUUAGCUCACCUGGCUCAAAGAGCCAUUUGAGUUAAUGCUCUGGUGCAUCAUCAAGACUUUAUAUCAUUAAUUCUAUUAUGGUCAUGGGAUGAAUUCAAAAUUUAAAAACGACCUCUGUUCUCCGAUUGGCUGGGAAUUUUUUCUAAUGAAUUUUAAUUCCACAAUGAAGAAAUGAUGACCUGGAAGAAAUCUGAAAUGGCCAACACAAUCUGUGACUUAUAUCUUUUUAUUCAGAUAAAGACAGGUGACCAAUUCUGGCAUUUGUGGACCUCUUUAAUCACGUAAAAUUUAAUACAAUGUGCUAAAAAUUAAUAAAAAAAAUACCUCUUUUUUUUUUUAAGAAAAGAAUUUUUACACAAGUGGCCUUUUUGUAGGAUAUUUGUUAACUGUUUUGUCUGAACAUUAGAAAAAAACUGAUUUCUUUCCACUUCAAUUGAAAUGUUUGAAAGAAAUUAGUAAAAGGUAGGAAAACUGGAGAUAGAUGAAGAGUUUGUAGUUUGCUGUCAUACAAUAACUUAUUUAAUAUACACAAGCUGUAUAUUUGGGACAUAUUUUAUCAGGUAUUCUAGUAUACAACCACAUUUAGAAAUCCUCGAAAGAAUUCAGAAGUUAUUCGGAAUAUGUUCUCCAUUGCACAUACUUAAACAAAUUCAUAAGAUUUAGAAAAACCAUUACUGUUGUACAUCACACUGAAGAAAAAUUAUUAAAGCAUUUUGGUAGCUUCAAGGGAUAAUUUAAGAAUUUUGCCGACGUAGGUAUUUUGAUAAUGGAACAAAAAAACCUGAUAUGGCUGGUUAUAUUCCAAGUGCACUGAGUGUGUCCAACUUUAUUUUCCUAUUACUGGUUUAGUGUGUCGCACAUAUUUGACCAGAAGUGUGCCGUUUGCUACCAUUUCUAUGUGUUGCUUCUAUUGGCUAGUAUUACCCAAUCGUAUGAUGUUACCUAAUUCUGUACUCUAGUGUUUAUGCAAUAUUGUGAUACUUUGUUAACUCCUGUAAUGCCGAGCUUACCACUGUAAGCUUAAAUUUGUACAAGAUAAUUAUAGCUUGUGACUGGAGUCAAUACAGUUCAUCUUUAAUUAAAAGUGAAUGUUA